AUGGAAAUUCGCAUGUAUAUUCAUGGUAGCACCGCGACAUCAGUCGAUCCGGUGGAAAUAGAUUCGAGUUCUCCCUCGACGCAGGCUAUCGUCCGUCAUGAGGAGGAGAAACCACCAGCAUCGCCCACAGCCGACAUCGCGAACGAAGAGUCAGCGCAAGACCCUGAAAUGAAAAGCUCUGCCAUCCAUCGCUCUUGCCCAAGUGCGACCGGUGGGUGCGCUGGGAACCUCGGACUCAGAGCCGACGACCUGGCUAGUAACCACCACCCACACGCCCGACAGUCCCAGCUCGUCUUAGCCUAUGAAAAAACCCAACAGCUCGCCAACCAUACCAGAGCUACGAACACCACGUUCGUAGUUGAGGCGUACUCCUCCGAGUCUCUCUACCGCCGACUACGAAUGAUGUUGGGGAUGGUAGGGCGUGUACAGUCCGUCCACGCUUCGCUGAAGUGUAUCGCCGAGUCAGACCCCGAGCCUUGUAUCGUCAACGAACACGGAUUCGCCAUCGACGGGCCUGCAACAGACCUCCCCCUCAAGAUGGGAUACCCCCUCUUGCACCAGCUCGUCUCGCUAUUUGGUGUGGACAGUCCUGUGUCGCCCUCAGUGAUAAGGAUCCCGAUGAUCCAUGAGCCAAAAGACAACGCCCAUAGGGAUGUUCGAGUCAAAGUGGACUUUUGUCUCGCCGGUGGCGUCAAAGCGAGCGUUGCCCUUUAUCAAACUGACAACGGGACGGCGUCGGAGACUUUCAGAGUGGUGGGGGAGAAAGGCGUGCUAGAGCUCAAUAUUACUGCCAUCUCUCGGGCUGGCACCAUCAGUUUCACCAGCCACGAGAACCGGGACGUGCUUCAAGUGGAGAUUCAGGCUGGCGCCGGCAGUGAACAGUGUGAUUUGGGGAGCGCAGGGGAUGUCCGCGACGAGUCGGAGGAAAAGUCAGACAGCACCUCGGACACGGGCUGUGGAGAUGACUGGCAGAAAAGACGGCGAGUACAUUUCCAGGCAAUGCAGCUCGUCGAGGCUAUACGCACGCGUAUUCGGGAGAUACGUCAAAUAUUUCUGGUGCCUCAGAAUCUAACAGCUAAGGACUUGGGGGAAGUCUGCGCUGCGAGUUGA